CCAACACCAACACAGUGACGAUUGAGCGUGAUCAUAUUGCACUCAGCCGCUCGCACAAAUUACUCUAAUGCUCACACAUAAUCAUCAUUUUGAAUCUGACCCCAAUGCCCUGCCCCGCUCUGGUCAUGUACAUUCCUCAUUGUCAUCAUUGCCACCGGCCAGAGUACUUUUCGUCACAUUUUCACCGACUGGCAUCAAAUUGUCAGCGUCGUUGCUGUUUUUGUGUCUGAGCUUCAGGCAUUAGCUCCCAGCUUAAGAGAAUUCAGUUCGCGAAAAUACAGCGGUAACAGAACACCACAAUCAAGCCAAAUUUCGUGUGUUUUGAAAGCGUUUCCUUUGCAAAUGCCUACAUAACCUACAAAAAGCAAAAGUUUGCCGCUUACAUCGAAGCUAAGAAUGAAAUUUCAAGAUCAACCAAUUAAAAAUAUCAGCGACACAACGCUUUUGAUAUUCCGCCGACAGUGACGUACGAAUAGAAAAUCGACAGAAAAAAAUCUACGGCUAAAAAACGCAAUAAUUAAAUUCGCCACAACAACGGAAACUGAGCGUUUCUUUCAACUAGACCGCCGUCUUCGUGCCGGAGAAACAGUUACAUUCGAUUUUUCCACCGAAUAAUCCCGGUUUCGUGAGCGUCUUUCGUCCAUACCAUCCAUGAUUCGCGCAAUUCCCCAGCAUAAGAAGAAACAGAUCUUAAGCUACACCCCGGUGAAGACGGUCCUACAUCCGAUUCUGGUCGUCACUUUUGUUUUUGUUUAGAAUGCGGCUGCCGUUGAUGAUCGCCGCAUCUCAUUUGUUCAACAACGAGAAUUCGCACUCACACUAAGGAAAAUGAUGCUGGCUUGCUCUGCCACCGCUGUCAUUGUAUGUGUGUGUGUGCGCGCUGCCCAUGUAGUGGUUAAAUAACGCCUGUUCUAUUUUCCCCAAAAGAAUAAGAAAAUCGACAAUUUGUCAUAGAGUCGGUCGCCUUUAAAUUCGCCGAGUGUGUGUGUAUGUGCGUGAGUGUAUGUGUGUGUUUUGCUGUGGGGAGCGAACGUGGCUGCCGUUGUCGCAAUUGUCAUAUGUGUGAUGAGCACAUUUUUUGAGGCUGAGCACAGUUUCUGACGAGCGGUGUUCAAAAUAUCAACCAACGUAACUACGAUCGCGCUUACGAUCUUCGGUUAAUCGAACAGCAAAAAAAAAAAAAAAACAAAAUUUACAAUAAAUCACAACAACAAGUGAAAAGUGAAUUAAAAAAAAAACAGAAACAAAACAAAAUAACAAGCCUUUAAAAAAACAACAUAAAAACCAAUUGAAAUUGGGAAACAACAAAAAACCUCGAACUCGAACAACAGACGGGGUUUGGAGGUUUUUUUCCAUUUGUUACAUUUAAUUUUGUUGUGCUAAAUAUUCGGAAAAAUCAAAACAUUAAAUGAAAACCGUUUAAAAAGAUUGCUGUUUAUUUUUUUUAUCCCCACCAACAAAAAACCAACAACAAAAACUCCAUUACCGCAGACGCUCAGACAGCCAUCCAUUCCACGGCAAAAUGGAAGAUUACUGGGGUUUAAGUGACACAAAUGAUAUAAAUUGUACACAGCCUGCUAUAGAUGAUUUUCCACGGGAUUUAUUCACCGAGGCCCAGAGACAGUCGGGUGCUGUUGUACUUCAUGUUAUAGCCAGUUUAUAUUUAUUCGUAGCCUUAGCUGUAGUAUGUGAUGAAUAUUUUGUGCCCGCCGUGGAAAAAAUAUGUGCAGCCCUUAAUAUGUCCAAUGAUGUUGCGGGAGCCACAUUCAUGGCUGCUGCCACUUCAGCUCCAGAACUUUUUGUAAAUGUGAUAGGUACAUUUAUUACAGAGGGUGACAUUGGUGUGGGCACCAUUGUGGGCUCAGCUGUCUUUAAUAUAUUGGCAGUGGCGGCCUGUUGCGGCAUUGGAGCCGGAAUGACAAUACCCUUGGACUGGUGGCCAUUGACACGCGACAGCAUAGCUUAUGGAUUUACCGUGGCCGUUUUGAUUUGUGUAAUGCACGAUGAGCGAGUUGAAUGGUACGAGGCCUUGAUUUUGGUGUCUCUCUAUGCCGUCUAUUUAGCCGUUAUGUAUUUUGACAAGACCUUUCAAAAAUGUGCCAAGGGUGGUGUUAAACAAGCUCGUUCACGCAGCCGCUCCUCCAAUUGUAGUAUACAGACCAAGAACAGCAAUGACAAAGAACCAGAAAUUGUGGAGAAUCGCAUAUGUCACAACUUAUCUACAAUUCAAUUGAACGGUGGGGUGAACAACGAAUCAGCCAAAGCACCGACAUCCACAACACCGGCCAUCGCCACCACCUGUAUAAGUAACACCAUAACCACCACCAUUUCCACGGUGUCUACAAAUAAUUCCGGUUGUGUUGUGAAGUCUCCACCGGCAACAACACCAGAAAACACAGAUGUUGAAGCUCCUACUGCUACAGCCAAUGAUACAGCCUCAACAAAUGGCGAGGAGGAGGAAGAGGGCUAUUCCCUGCUAACAUAUCCUUGGGGCAAGAGCUGCUUUGCCCAGUUCACAUGGAUUAUUAUUUGGCCAAUACAUUUGCUAUUCCGCAUUGCCAUACCGGAUUGUAAAAAAGCCAAGAACAAUAAAAUCUUUCCACUGACAUUUGUGAUGUGCAUAGUUUGGAUUGGAUCGCUGUCGUAUGUGGUUGCAUGGAUGAUAACAAUAAUUGGCGAUACUUUAAAGAUUCCGGACUCAGUUAUGGGAAUUACAUUCUUGGCGGCCGGUACAAGUGUGCCCGAAGCGGUUUCCAGUGUCAUUGUAGCCAAACGAGGUCAUGGCUCCAUGGGUAUUUGCAACUCAAUUGGCUCCAACACCUUUGAUAUCCUACUGUGUUUGGGUGUACCAUGGCUCAUCAAAGCUGUCUUCUUCCCCAUACAGCCAGGUCAAAAUUAUGUUGGCAUUAAUUCCGCUGGCUUGGAAUAUUCUGCCAUAACAUUGCUCUCCACCCUGUUUCUUUUGUAUUUGACCUUCUCCUGCAACAAAUUUAAACUGGAUCGAAAAGUGGGCACGGCCUGUCUGGUGAUAUAUUUGGUAUUUCUGGUGUUUGCCUCCUUGAUCGAAUUGAACGUCUUCUUCCGGGUGAAUUUACCAACAUGUGGCAGAUCGUGAAAAGCUUCCACAAUGCUCUGAACAUGGCAGCUCGGAGUGUGCAGAUACUAAUGCUAAUGUCGUUUUGUUAAGUUAAGAUAUCAGUUAAAACAAAAUCGAUUUAAGUCCAUUUAUUUGCAACAACAACAACAACAAAAAGAAGAAGAACCAAAUCAUCUGUAGAACGCAUAACACACAAUCAGCAGAAGAGCAAGUCCUUACAACAAAUGAUGUUUAAGGUCAUCGAACAGGAAUUUCACGUAACGCGCACCCAAACCUAAACCCACACAACACCAACACCAACAAAGAUAUAAUUCUAAUCUAAAAACCGAAAGAGAAUCAUUGUUUAAGUCUAUUUUAAGUAUUAUUAUUAUUCCAUCUUGGGAUCUUGUUGUACCAACAACUUUUUUCUUGUCUUCGCAGAUGUCCUGAUUAUGCACCUGUCUCGAAAUUUAUCAUUUAUUAUAAAAAAUACAUGAAUGCAUAUUAAAUAAUAUAUAGACCGCCCCAAAAA